UCGCCCUGAAAUAGAGCGAACAUUUCACUCACUUCAUUUGGCAACACCGAAAUUAGCGUUAUAAACAUUAUAUUUAAAACAAAAAUUUGAAAAUUGGCAAUCCUUGUUGACUAAAAAUAAAGCGGUUAAUAAUAUGAGUGAUAAUUACGAAGAAGGCUACCUGGAUGAUGCCAGUUCCUUGGAGUGCAUUGAACAUGCUGAGCAGAAGAAAGUGCGGUACUUGCAAAAGUAUAAGAAGGAGUGGGAGUUGGAUUACAAAUUCAGAGACUGGCUGGAGCCCAUACAAAAUGAUCCCUAUUCAGCAUACUGCAAUGUUUGCUGCUCCUCUCUCACUGCUCGUAAGAAGGACCUCAUGGAUCACGGGGAAACUCGCAAACACAGGAAAAAUCUUGUUUACAAGCGAAAUAACCCUGCACUCUACCAUAAAAUGAUGCAGAAUAUCCGUGAGGUGGAUGCAAACGUCAUCAUGGAUAAGAGCAUCCCAUGGCAGCCUGACGCAAUUAAGUGUCUUAUUAGCCAAGUGGAGCAGCAACAUGAUCUGUUCUACGACGCCAACGUAAAGAAGUCCAUGCUGUUUGCUAUCAUCAGUGCUGAGAUGAAUAAAGCUGGAUUUCUGUGUGUGCCUUCAGAAUGUCAACGCAAGUGGGAAAGUCUUAGAAAAAGCUAUGAGCGUGUGUUGCAGUAUCAAGUAAAAGGGGAGUUCAAGUCCAGGUUCCCAUACUUUAAUAUGAUUCAUCGCUUCCUGGCUAAAGAUAUUGAUCCUCUUGGAAUGAGGGAGAAAAUGUUGUGCCAGAAGCUUGGUCGUCCAUAUCACCCAAAUGAUCCUUUGAUAUUAGAUGGAAACUUGGAUGGCACUGAGUACCGCACAACAAUCAUCAGCUCGAAAAGAGAUCCACUAAGUGUCUCCAUCAACAACACGGACACCACCACAGAAAUCACUAUCAGUUCGUGUGAUUUAAUUGACGAAAAUGAAGAUUUAGAAAACGACAGAAUUGUGGGAAUUAAUGCUGAUGACUUGGUACAACUUGAGAUGGAAAAUCAUUUGGACGCUGAACGUUUUCUUGAAGAAGGUCAAAUUAUUGACGAGCGAGAAAUUCCAGCCUUUGGAACCCCAAUAAAAGUUGGGCCUGAUGAAGACUUGGUCGUGAGGGAGUGGGAGGAAGGCGCCGUCGAUGCCUUGCUUGCCGUCAUGGGCGAGAUUAAUUUCAGCGCUGACAUGAUGCUGGCUAAAGGAAAGUUCCAGGAUUCUUUCUGGGAGGAAGUCUCUCAUAAUUUACUGAAGCGGUAUUGUGAAGUCUCAUCGCUUGAGUGUCGCUACAAAUGGCGACAACUGCUUGGCCAAUACAAGCGCAUGUUUGAACGUCGCCAGCGCCUGGGCGGUCGUAAGAACACAACAGUGUCUUUCAAAUACUAUGACUGCGUCGGGAGAAUACUUGAGAAAAUACACAGUGUCAAAACUCCAGGCGUCUCAAGAAUAAAGCGUAAUUUAGACGAUACAAGCUCGGAAGACAUGCAUCCUGCCAAGCGACGCCAGAUGAGAGCGGGACGUGGCAGGGGCCAGAGCCGAAACUCGUUCUCCUCGGAUCAUUCAGGCAGUUAUUAUUCCCCGUCUGUUGCACACAAUAAUUCACGCACUGCCACUCAAAUAAAGAAAAAUCAUGGGCAAUAUGUUCGUGUGUCCGGUAUUGCAGAGCACAUCAAGAAAGAGAAGGAGGAUGUUCCUGACGUAGAUGACGAAGAUCACCUUAUGAAUGAAGCUGAUGAUAUGGAGGAUGAUGAAGCAGGGCUUGAUAACGGUCUAGUUGGCGAACCCAAACUUAGUAUCAAGUUAAUGCAAACAAAUUUACUACGCGUAACACAGAGAAUUGAAAUGCUUGAAAAAGAGAUAGCUAAAAAGAACGAUAGUCUAUGUCGCAAUGUGGAUCAUCAUUCCCAAGGCCCUCAGAUGAUCGAUCUACUAACAAAAAUUCUCCUCGAAAUGAAGAAGAUGAACUCGACGACGCAUAAAUGUUGUAACGCUGCGUGUGGCAAUAACAUUGCAGACAACGGGGCCGCUAAUACAGGCCCUGACGUGCCCUCUAUAAUGACCAUCACAUCCGACAGCGCUGGUUUGCCCUCGCUCCACUCAUCAACCAGCAGCAGUGAAUGCACCAAUAAAAACACAAUCGCCGACUCCGUUCCGUCUAGUCUCGCAGUUUCGCCUUGCAAAUUUACAAAAAAUACACGAAGUAUAAAUGAAAGUGAUAGUUUAAGAAAACUUGUUACUGGUUUAUAGUGCAUUGUUCUCUAGAUGUAACAUCUGCUAGUGCACUUGUGUUCUGUUGAACACUUGAUAACGACUCGUGGUUUUGUACGUUUAAGCAUUAUGAUGUGAAGAAGUGUCCUACACCUAAUUUCUAUCUGCGGUUGUGCUCUCAUUAUUAUAUCGUGCACGACAAGUUACAUAGUUAUGCGAGAGAUGUCGUGAAUUUAGUAUUAAUUUUAUUCUCUAGAUUGCUUUGAAGGGGUUAACCAUUUAUUCUGAAAUUCUAGGUUGUAUCUGUUGUUGUUUUGUGGGAUAUAACGAAAUCAGAUCUCUAAUAAAUAAUUUAUUAAGAAAUCAACUAAAAGGGAUAAUAUAACGAACUCGUCACAGUCCAUUAAAAAGUAACACUUGUGAGCAGCCACUUUAAUUUAAUAAACUUCAUUGAGCUACAGGCAUUUGCACUAGAAAACGGCGGUGAUUUUCAUAGUACAGACUUGACUUCUCACCAAACAUGACGAGUCCACCUAAGUUUACGAUAAAUCGAAAUUUCAUACACCCUAAUCUCUCAGAAAUGUCAAUUGUAUCGUUAAACUGAACUUUGUUGGUUACAGUUUAAUAGGUAAACGAUGAACUGAGUUGUUAGAAUAAGUGUCCUCAAGAAGUUGAAAAAAAUAAUCAAAUACGAAAAAAAUUAGUCUGGAUUUCGCUUUACAUGGAAAACAUCCUGGUGUUAACAGACAUAUUUGACAUGCCCAAGUGUGAAAUGGGAAAUACGGGGAUAAACGUCGGCCCCCAUUCUCGAUUUGACAACGUUUAUUAUUUAAUGGGAACAUGGGAAAAUCUAUAUUUCUCAGAGCGAUGCUUUACGUCAUUUGUGGUUGCUCGAACAGCAAUUGUCCAAGCGAUUGUCGAAUCGUUUUACAUGAAUCGCACGUUACUUACUUUUUUUUACUUUCUUGGUUUAUACCACAAUGCUGCACUUAUCAGCCUUAUUACAUGGAAAGGAAAGUUGU